AUGUCUUCAACUCUUCACGAAAAGGCGCUUGAGCCUCCGUUCAUAACCGUCGAAGGGAUUCCCAACUUUCGAGAUCUAGGCGGAUAUCCACUCGCAUCGAGACCAACUUCGCAUUCCGUAAGACAAGGAGUUGUCUAUCGCUGUGGUGAGCCUCAAAGAGUUACUGAGAAGGGAAUUGCUACUAUGCAGCAGAUGGGAAUUACUCAUAUCUAUGAUUUGAGGUCUCAAGAUGAGCUUGUUAAAAAUGCGGCAGCUGGUAGGGGUGGAGUGUAUUCCCGACGGAGGACUAUAGCCCGGAAAAAAUUGCCAUCCGAUUCAAGGAUUAUGCCUCAAAGGGUACCGAAGGUUUCACCUCGGGCAUAUACCGAUAUCUUGAACAACGCUCCAAACUCAUACAGAACUAUUCUUCUCCACCUUGCAAAUGAACCUUCCAAGCCAUUGAUCGUUCAUUGUACAGCUGGUAAAGAUAGAACUGGUGUUCUUUGCGCAUUGAUCUUAUCUCUCUGCGGAGUUGACGACGAGGUUGUCGCACGGGAAUAUAGUUUGACAACAUUUGGACUUCCGCAAGAGUGGAAAGCAGGAAUCAUCGAGCAUUUAAUGACACACCCAGCCAUCAAAGAUGAUCAUGAAGGGGCAGAAAAUUUAAUUAGCUCCAAAGCUGAGAACAUGCUCGCUACUCUUAAGAUGCUCCGUGAGAAAUUUGGUGGGGCCGAAUCAUACGUAAUAGAGAAAUGCGGUCUUACAAUUGAUGAGGUAGAAAGGAUUCGUAAGAACUUGACCAUAGAGUCACCGGCUGUUCACAAAAUUGCUUAG